GUUAAAAUCUACCACCGCCUAAGUUUCCUCCCACCGUCCGACACUGCCAAAAUCAGUUCAUGCCGUGCCGUUGAGCUCUGUAUUUCCCCGUCUCCACCCUCCGAAUCCGCUGCGCCGGCGAGCUUUAAAUCGUUCUCCACCGUCCGACGUCGCAAAUAGGAACGCAUCAAAUUGCUGAACCUUUGUACAUAAGUCCCUCUCUUUUAUCUGUCAUUCUCCAGCUCCACUUCUCCCCUCACUCACCCUCUCUAAAAUCUCGGUCAGGAAAAGUCGAUCCUCAAUAUCCAUAUUUACUUCAUGUGGCGAUACAAGUCAUAGUGCAGAAAUUGGUUGCUCGUGUACUUGCUUGGAGGAUUCAAUGGAGAAAAAGCUAACCUUUGCAUCCGAAUAAGAAUAAAUUAUGGCCUAUGAUCAGAACUCUAUACCUAAAGAUUUACGUCCACUGAAUAUAAUGAGAAAUGUGCCUGAGGAUCCUAGGAUUUCUCCAGCAACUUCGUCUGGGAGGCCGGUUGAAGGGUAUUAUGCUAGCCCGCCCACUGAUGGUAGCCCUGGCACCAUGCCUGCAGUUUAUUACCCUGCCACAGUACCGCCUGUAGCAUUUAACAAUGCUGUCACUGGGGUUGCCGGAUGGAUUCAGCAAAUUGUGCCGCCCCCUCAAGUCCAACAAGGUGUUGUGAGUGGUACUGUGGUUAAUCCACUAGGUGUAUAUACAACGAGUCAUAAUUAUGGGAUGCGAAAUGGGUGCAGUACUUCAGAUCAUACUAGUGACGACGGUGGUGAUGACUCUUUAACGGGCCGGAAGGUCAAGUUUUUAUGUAGUUUUGGUGGGAAAAUACUUCCACGCUUGAGUGAUGGGGCAUUGAGAUACGUAGGAGGGCACACCAGGAUAAUUACUGUUGGAAGAAAUGUGACAUUUAGUGAAUUUGUCCAGAAAAUGGCAGCUAUGUAUGUACAGAAUUUGGUGAUCAAAUAUCAGUUGCCAGAUGAGGGUCUUGAUGCACUUGUAACUGUUUCAUGUGCUGAUGACCUUGAGAACAUGAUGGAUGAAUAUGAAAAGUUGAUAGAGAGGUCUUCCGAUGGUUCUGUUAAGUUGAGAAUAUUUUUGUUUUCACCUUCAGACCUUGAUUUAGUUGGGCAUAUUGAAGAUGUGCAGGAUGGUGGGCAGAAGUAUGUUGAAGCUGUGAAUGGCAUAGGAGAUGUGUUCAGUGGUGGUGGUUGUAUUGUUAGAAAAGAGAGUAUUGAAAGUACUAUUUCUGCUCAGAAUUCUGAUUUCAGUUAUACCGAAGGCGGUGAUAGCCUAAGCCAUGGUUUGGGGGAGGUUGCUAGUGUGUCUUCUACGGGUGCAUUGUCACUUAAUGGAAAUGUUGUUCCUUUUGAUACAGCACCAAGAGUGGUUUACAUAGAUCCUAAUCCUCUGCCAUGUGCUGACUCUUGUGCUGCUUCAUUAAGCAUUCCAAUGAUUAAAACUAGCCCUACAAUAGCUAUGGGUGCUAUCGCUGAGCAAGAGGUAGAGAGAUCUGUGCCUUUAUCUGUUCCACAGGGCUCAACUAUUAUGAGUUAUCCGGCAUCUUCACCAUACAUGCAAGCUUAUGCAGAUCCUCAUAAAGAAACUUUGAGUCAUGCUAACUGUGUGCAACAACCUCCCCAGAUGGGAUUCCCUCCUCAAGUUUUAGGUACCGUGAGGCCGGUUUUCACUCAGCAGCCCAUAGCUGCAGGAGCAUCUCCUCAACAUUUCACUCCCGCCGUCCACAUGACAAUGAAUACUUCCAUUGGCAUGAGGCCGAGUGUAGUUCCUGUUAUUGGUCAACCACAACAUGUUCAAGUGGAGAGUUAUUCAGAAAACAUGAUGCCGCCGAGGCUUGUCCAACUUCCUGCUGCACAAGGAUACAAUGUCAACCAAGCUCAGCCUUCUGCAACAGAACAAGGAGGGAUGUAUAAUUGGCAGCGAAUUCCACAUUUUGAGCAGAUGGCUUUGUCAGAAGGGGGCUCGAGUCCUCAACCAGCUGUUCUUCCAGAAAAGUUUGCGUGGAUAGAGGACUGCCAGAUGUGCCAAAAAGCAUUACCUCAUGCUCAUUCAGAUACAGCUGCUCAGGAGCAAAAGGGAAACCCUUCUUGCACCCUCUCUGAUGGUAGGUCAGUUUAUUCUAGUUUCAUGUUGGAUGGUCGAGGGAGGCCCUUAAUUAGGCCUGUCGUAACUGGAACUCGGGCAGACGGCAAUAUGGAACAAUUGGCUGAAUCCGGAAAGGUUCACAUAGAGGCAAUUGGUGUCUCACGAAAUGUUGUCAAGGGACAGAAUGUUUAUGAUAGAACUAUUCUACAUAAUGCAGAACCUUCCCUGGUGACAAUUCCUCAGGGUGUCUUAAGUGGGGUCAAACUUCCGCAUGGUGUGUUUAUGGCUAAUACUCCCCCAUCUUCCCAAGCCAGUGCUGUCCAGAAUCUAGUUGUUCAGCCUCAAAUUCAAGUCAUACCAGAAGGAACCUAUAACAGACGGUUGAAUAAUGAUUUUUCUCCUGUUGGAAUGCAUUUGCUGAAAGACCAUGCUGGUCGCGAAUCCCCAAAAGAAUACCUUCCCAAUGUUUCUACUGGAUGUCCUAUAGAUGAUUCUACUUCGUUGGCAUAUGACAAUCAGAGACAAAGUGAAGGAAGGUUGGAUAAUCUUCGGAUAAAUCCUUCAGAAGUUUUAUAUAAUAAUGCGUAUAACAAAACUAUUGUGGAUCUUAGAAAGGAAGACUCACAAAAUAACAUGCCAAACCAGAUCCUUAUGGGGGAUACUCUCAACAUGCACACUUUACCAUCUACAGAAUUGAAUGAAGCGACACCAAUUCCUCCUGCAGGCAAUCCUAAUUUGUACCCUUAUUCAGCAAUUGGGGUCAAUAUUCUGCCCUCAGAUGAUGUGGCUGAAAGCUCUGCAUAUUCAGUUGGUGAGUCCACUCAUACAGCUGAAAGAAUCCUUCCGAUUAAUGAAUGGAAUGAUAAUGUUCCAUGGUCACUGCACAAAAUAGGUGGUGAUAAAGAUGUUGCUCAUGAGGGCUCAUUUGUAUCACCAUCCCAUGGAGUUGGAGAUAUCUUAGAUAGUUCAUCAUCACAAGUUGUUAAUGCGGAUCCAUGGAUUAUGCAUUCUGAUACUCAUCACCCCCCUCCCAGACCAAGCAAGAUUCAAAUAAAGAGGGAUAAUGCAGGAUUGCAAGAUCCUCUUACCGACAAUCAUCAAUGCAAUAGUAGUCAAACACCAACAAGUGAUUCCAGGGAUUCAGUAGUUGAGACUUCACUGGCUGAUGGAGCUUACCAGCUUAAUAACAAUUUGAAUUGGGAUCUGAGUUCAGAUCACAGUUUGUCGAACAAAGAUUCAGCAGAGGAACAGAUAAAGAGAGAACUUCAAGCUGUUGCGGAGGGCGUGGCAGCCUCUGUAUUUCAUUCGUCUGUCCAAUCAAAUCCUGAAUCAUUAGUGCAUCCAAAGAGUGAUUCUCCACCUAUAUCCCAGCAUAAUUGCGAUGGACAACCUGCUAAUGUAGAAACAGAGCAGAUAGACAAACUUGAUGAAAUCAAGACGAAAUUAUCAGAGAAGAUAAAUCUUGGAUUCCCUGCAUCAGGCAUUGGCCGAUUACAGAUUAUUAAGAACAGUGACCUGGAAGAGUUACGAGAAUUGGGCUCUGGUACCUUUGGGACAGUUUAUCAUGGAAAAUGGAGAGGGACUGAUGUUGCAAUUAAACGCAUCAAUGAUAGAUGUUUCUUUGGGAAACCUUCAGAACAAGAACGCAUGAGGGAUGAUUUUUGGAAUGAGGCAAUCAAGCUAGCUGACUUACACCAUCCUAAUGUUGUUGCUUUUUAUGGAGUUGUGCUUGAUGGUCCUGACGGUUCAGUUGCAACUGUCACUGAAUACAUGGUGAAUGGUUCUAUGAGAAAUGCUUUGCAGAGGAACGACAGGAUUCUGGAUAAGCGCAAGCGCCUUUUGAUUGGCAUGGAUGUUGCCUUUGGAAUGGAAUACUUGCACGGAAAGAAUAUAGUACAUUUUGACUUGAAGAGUGAUAAUUUAUUGGUCAAUCUCCGUGACCCACAUCGACCAAUAUGCAAGGUUGGUGAUUUGGGGCUGUCCAAGGUGAAAUGCCAGACGCUUAUUUCAGGUGGUGUAAGAGGAACCCUUCCAUGGAUGGCUCCGGAGCUUCUCAAUGGUAGCAGUAGCCUUGUCUCCGAGAAGGUGGAUGUAUUUUCAUUUGGAAUCGUAAUGUGGGAACUUCUCACUGGAGAAGAACCUUAUGCAGAUCUGCACUACGGGGCCAUCAUUGGCGGUAUUGUUAGCAACACAUUGCGGCCUCAUGUGCCGGAAACAUGCGAUCCUGAUUGGAGAGCUCUGAUGGAGAGAUGUUGGUCGUCUGAACCACGGGAGAGGCCGAAUUUCACAGAAAUUGCUGACGAGUUGAGGGCUAUGGCGAAUAAGCUUCCAUCUAAAGGCCAACUCCCUCAGCCCAAAAGCUGAUUUUUCUCGCCUUUUGGACUUCCGCUUGCUCGAUCCAAGAGCCGUUCCAUGGAAAGAAGGUCUACUUAGUUUCCUUAGAAAAACUCUUCUAGGAACCAUGCUGAUUUUUCAAUAGAGUUAUUGUAGUUGUAAUAUUGAUUGUCAUUCAGUUUUGAUGCACCUCUAAUCUCAUCUCCUUUAUUUCGGAUAAUGCUUUACUUAAAUAAGUAAUAGUACUACUAGUAUACCGUUCGCUAUCUUCUUCUUUGUCUCCCUUUUUUGGAGUGAAGUGUAAACAAACUUAUUACGAUAUGUAAUGAGGCGCACGUAGUCAAAUUUGUAGUGAUAGUUGACAAUAAUUUUUGAGGGGCAGGCCUGGCCUGGCCUGGCCAUCCACCCACACGUUUCUUACUCAAUAAUUUUAUCUCCCCUUUUAUAGAAGAAGCUUCCAAGCAAUGGGGCUUCUUCCAUUUUUCAACACACACAACACAAGAAACGCGUGUUAUGCACCUAUAUAUAACCUACGCAAAAUUAUCAAUUCUGAUAUACAUAUCAUUCAUGUCUAGGCCUCACGAGAGCUUCACAACGCCCUACUACUCCGCCGUGAUCGAUGAUGACGAGGCUCCCCCGAGCAGCUGUUUCCGGCGGUUGUGCUUCGGGCGGGGCGACGACAACAGCUACCUCUUGCAAGAAAGCGGCGUACAAGAGAAGGCGUGGGUGGCGACGCAAUUCAAGAAAGUGAAGCAGUGGUCGGAGGUGGUGGCGGGCCCCAAAUGGAAGAACUUGAUCAGGAAGAUAGGCAGGCUGUGUCACUGUCACAAGAGGAAGCAGCCGUUUCAGUACUCGCCGGAGAGCUACGCCCUCAACUUCGCCGCCGAUCAAGAAGAAGCUAAUCCGUUGCACAGUUUCUCCGCAAGGUUUGGGCCUCGUGUGCCCAUCAACCAUAAUGCUGCUUCCUAAUUACUCCAAUUAUAUUAUUCUUUAAAUGUAUAAAUUUUUUCAGUUAGUAUACUAAAUAUUUAUUCGACCGCGCGCCUUAAUUUUCAUUUACUUAGUUGUCUGUUUUGAGUUUAAUGUUAUUUGACCAAAUUAGUUGAUUCUGGCA